GCGGGUGGAACGGCGCCCACUCCGUUCGGCUCGUGCAACAAGCCGCGCCUCGCUUUACCCUGGGCGUCGUCCGUUGACGGCGCUGCUCUUUUCCCGUCUCCUGGCGGUAAUCCGAGGUGCGGCGGCUGCAUGGCGGCGUGCAGUACACAAUACGCACUCUCGCGGGAACGCUGCCAGGCGUGAGAACGCAGACGCGGGCGUCCGGACCGCCGGUCCGUCCACUCUGCCGACGCCUCGUGGCAACCGGACGGCAUGCUUGCCCCGAUGUCGUUCGUUCGGUCCUCUGGUGUUCUACUCCGGCAUAGCCAGUUGCUGUCCAUGCCAGUCAAAGAACGCCACCUUGCACUGGUUUCGAUGCUGCCAUCGCAGUCGGCACACUGAGCCGUACGCCACUUCCGGACCGUUGACCGUACGUGACGGUGAGUGGACGGUGCGAAGGUGAGGCGACGGCGACGAUGGCCGGCAGCGAGGCCGUCAUCUACUGCUCGUCGGACAUCGUCAAGAACUCGCUCAAGAUGGGCAUCGAGAAGAUCACCACCAAGUACGACACCGUGGGCGCGCUGAGCAAGGACGCCGAGGACUCCGGGAGGCUCACCGAAGUCGAAGUGGACCAGGUCGAGUGCUGCUUCAAGAGCCACAAGACGUACGUGUACGGCUGUCACUGCCUGGCCAACCUGUACUUCACGGACGUGUCCCAGGACGGCACGCCGGGCCGCUGGGAGUUGGCGCGCACUGGCGUUCCCGUGCUCAUCCUGGACAAGGGCGAGACCCGCGCCAGGACGCGCCGCAUGGUGCACGUGGUGCUGGCCGAGCGGGGCACCGGGUUCGCCCUCUGGAAGGACGUCAUCGACAACCUGAGCAGCUACCAGAAGUCGGCCGUCACCUUCCACACGAUGCACCUGUCCUCGGACCACCGCCGCAUGGCCGGACUCAGCUUCGACGUUCCGGACGCGGCCCAGGAAUUCUGGGAGAAGGUCGAGGAACUCAUCUCAGACCCUCUGAACAUCAGCUUGUCUGUUCCCAAGAGCAGCAAGAGUCUCAAGAAGAAGAACAGGGCGUCCAAGCCCAAGCCUCUGCCCGGCAAGAGCGACAUCUCUCUGCCCUGCUGCUUUCAGCACGUGACCAGUGUCGGAAGCGGCGACAAGGAGAGGUUCUACUCCUUGGCCACCUUGGGACCCGACUGCGACAUCGACUAGACUCGAUGGAGGACUACAAGUCGCGAAUUGAAUGAGAUGAGCGCACCGUAUUGGCUUCUACAUGCAAACUGUGCGUGUCAUUUACUAUCGCUCCACCAUUUGUAUGUGUGGCCAUGGGACCAAGGCACGCUGAUGUUCAAGGCUUGUGCGUUGACUGGAGUCAGCUGGCAGAGUCGACAUGUAAACUCUGCAUUAUGCCUAUAUAUACGACACUUCAGCCUGCCCUCCAUGAAUACUAGUUAUCUUCGGAUGAAGACAGACUGAAGUUUUGAACGCAGUUGUGUGGACCAGUAUGUCAUGUUUUAAGUUCUCUACCAGGAAUUCUUUCAAUAUUUUGUGAAAACUCACAUUCUUUGAAAGGAACCUCUUUUUUCAUUUGCAUCUUUAGCGGUUUUAUAUCGAUGUUCUUCCAUCGAUGUGUCUGGACAGCACCACCUUCAACCUUUGGUGAGGGACAGCUGAAAUGGUGGAGGUGGUGAAGUGAUUGUCAAAAUGCAUGGACCGCAGUGCAACCUUCACGAACUUUGACGCCCUUUCAUCGGUACAGGUGAAGUGUAUGGAGCGUACAACAAACAAUGCGUUUCUUUCUCAACUUCCCAAAGACAUUUUCCAAUGUCUUCCACAGGGUUUGUUCGGACAUUACCGCUGUGGUUUUUUUGCAUGUACAUACAAAGCUCAGUAGUGCUUCCACAGUUGUUGAACUUAUUACACGACGUGCCUCUUGUGUACAUCGAAUGCAAUUUUUAAGGCUGACUACUUUAUCAUUGACGAUCUGUAAUAAAUGCAAGAAAGUGGUUGUUUUUAAUUUUCAUGAAAUUGCUGAAUUGCGUGCCACAUCAUUCAGCCGAUAUUUACAUUUGCAUGAGCCUGGCAUGAAAUCAUUUGUGCAAAGAAAGUUUAUUGCCGGAAAGGACAUCCUAAUGCAUCUGUAAUUCAACUAAACAUAAUUAAAAGUGCUACAGCACUUGCCCAAAAGUAUCUGCAACCUCAUGUGCUCAGUCUGCACCAGUAGUGCACAUAACCGCCAUAGUGACUUUCAGUGUGAAAUUGGUUUUCCCAUUGAUGGCAUGGGUUCUGGAGGGCUCAAAUUAAGUGUUCAAUGCUUGCUGGUGGCUGCACAAGAGUUUCAGGCGUAGAUGACUGGUGGAAUACAGUGUGCGCUGUUUUGAGACUACACAUCAAUGUCACAUAGCUUCAAAUUCUGCAUAAUUCUCCCAUUCAUGUUUUCUGAUGUGCACUUACUGAAAAUGAAGAAAAUCUCAAACCUCGUUUGACAUCGUCGCUUGCGAGACACUAUGUCCUUUUUUUAUAUCACUGGUAUUGUGAGAAUUGUUUAAUACUGUCCUGUUGCCAAUAUUCCUGCUCUUAUGACCCAGUAUUAACGUAACAGUUGUAUGCGAGUUUGAAGUAUAUUUGACGCCUUGAUCUUUUGGGUCAUUAAGGGGAUGCUGAGACAAUUUUUGUCUGCUCAGCGUGGUUUUGGAAUACCCAGACAGCUUAAUGUGCAAUCAACAACCUUUGUUUCUUAGUGUGCAUCUUUUUUUUUGUAUAUACCGUAUCACUGGAGUAUGUAGGAGUGUCUUGUUAAUGAGCGCCACGUUAAUGCCUGAGAAUUGUGUGUUUGUGCAAUGCAAGGUAAUACAAAGUGUGUUCUACUGACACAGUAGUCAUGUUGAUAGUCGCGAGUAAUAUCUUGUAGUGUCUGGGUCAAGCGUACGCAAUUUUGCAUAGGGCCUCACUUUAGUUUUUUUUUUUUAUUUCGUGGACAACCGAGAACGAUAUUUCUAUGUGUGUUUUAGUGCUUCCUUCAUUGAACAGUGUUUGAAACUGCUUGUGGAGCUGACAUCAUAGAACUACUAUAUCAUUGCGGAGCUAAGUUGACAGUCUUUUACACUCAUCGUAUACCUAAGCUCCUGCACGUUUUGUUGAGCUGAUGCGUGUGUAUUUCUCCAAUGUCUUAGAAUACUAUGAUAUUUAGAUACCCGCAUUUUUCUGCAAUUCUUGAAUGUCUGGUGCCGUGCAAUCUGAACCAUGUUUUGAAGUGGAACAUUGUUUAGCAAUUAACGCAGCUUGCUUUUGGAAACAAAUGAAACGCACGGCCACUGUGCGCUAUAAUUUUCGCUAACAGGUUGACCAUCACAUACAUGUAGAUUGCGCGGUUGUGAGGCUUUAUUGAGUGUGAUGUGCAGUGAAGGUACUAUCCAGCAUGUGCAUAUUACAAAGAAAGUGGCAAACGGUGCUUCCCACUGUAAUACACAGCACACUUCACAUUUUCUGCCGCUGAAUUGUGCUUAAAGUUGAACUUGUGUAACGAUCGAUGAGCAGGUCAAGUACCCAACUUUAAAUGGAUUGCAAGUUUGGACCACGGCUUAGCACAUAUGGCAAGGUACUUCAUGAGUACGUCCAUUAUAAAACAAGUUCUUGCUUGUGGCCGUGCUUUCUUUUCUAAGCUGCCGUGUGGACCCCAAGAUUUGUAAAUCUGCACAAAAUUUAUGUAGUCUUGUUUCCGCCAGACAUGAUUAAUUGGAACCAAGCACAAAAAAAUAAUUUGCUGAAGUGUUAUUUUUGUCCUCGCUUGUUGGCUGUACCAUUAACAAGCUACGAGCCACAGUAGCAUAUAUGAAUAGCGUUGAAUGUGGGCCAAGGUGUCGAAUUUUUGUCCAGUCCUGUAACCGUGUCAUCAUGACUGGUCAACCGUCGGGUCACAAAAUACGGCGUUUCGAAAUUCACUCUGCGGUUGCGUUGUCCGAAAUUUUUUGUGGCUUAUUAUGAGGCUACGCACUCCCUUGCAAGCUGUUACUGAUGCCCGCCGCUGAUCACAUUUCACACUUGAGUCGAUCACAACGAGGUUUCCUGUAGGUCAAUUAAUAAUGCGCGUUGGUCACUGAGGUGAAUAAUCAUGCACAUCCAUCCUGUGCCCCGAAGUCAUGGAAAAAUCACUGGCUGCAUGCAAUGUCGACAGUUAUGCAUUGCUGCUGUAUUCCCAUUGAAAAUUGUAUGUGGUGACUUAGCUAGCAACGCUGCAUUUGCCUGAAGUUGCCUCGUAAGCGUAGUGGUGUCGUGAGGUUGUUCGCCAUGCCAUUGAAGAGUGUUAAUCAUUCAUCUAACAUGUAUAUAUGCGCGAAGUUUUACUCUUGUUAGCGGUCAUUUCUGUAUCGUUCGGUCGCUCUGUGGCACUUCGGUACCUUGAAGCGGUCUGCACUUUGUAAAUAAAUUGACUCGAAUCUGUGCAA